GUGAAACAGGAGGGAGACAAAUGGGGAGGGGUCGGUGAGCUUCCCUGUGGCGCACAAUGUGACUAGUGACAAUCCCUUGUUUCGCAAAGAGGGUGGGAGAGAGAGAGAUAAAGAGAGAGAGCGGAAGAUGAACACAAACAUGCACAGGUAGAGACGUGAGAAGGGAGCCGCACGCACUCUCCUGAUUCAGCGGAACGGAUUUAUUCGUCACCUCUACCCCUGCAGCCUCUUACGCAGCGAGCCUGCUGCAAAACACACAGGGCAUUCCUAAACCAAGCAGCAGUCAUCAAUCCGCUGCGUGGAUUAACAGCUCUCUUACAACUCGCUUUCAGUUGCUGGGUUCCCGCCGAAGCUGAGAUACACCAGCGGAGAGCGCAGAGGAUGGAGACACCACAGAGCGACCGCUGCAUUGAAGAUGCGCCAACAGGGAAACUGCGGGACAAAUAGGGAGCCUAAAAGAAGAGCCGUGUGUUACUGCGCCUAUAUCUUGGGGAGCCCCCCUCCUCCUACACGGAAAUGUCCAUCAUUAUGGGAUAGAUGCGCGGGUCUGAUCGUUACCAUGGAUACAAGCAAGCGAAAAUUUACAGUGCGGAGAUGGUUUUCCAUCUACCUAAAGAACAAAGCAGCGCGGAACAAGAACAGCGCUGGGUUCUGUCAGCUGGAGGAUGACAGUGUACUUAAAGAGAUUGACAUCAGCCACCAUGUUAAGGAAGGUUGUGAAAAAGCAGACCCGUCUCAGUUCCAGUUAUUGAAGGUGCUUGGACAGGGAUCCUAUGGAAAGGUGUUCCUGGUUAGAAAGAUCAGAGGGGUGGACAGAGGACAACUCUACGCCAUGAAGGUCCUGAAGAAAGCCACUCUGAAAGUGCGGGAUAGAGUCCGAUCUAAGAUGGAAAGAGACAUUCUGGCAGAAGUUAAUCACCCUUUUAUUGUUAAACUCCACUAUGCCUUUCAGACAGAAGGAAAGCUUUAUUUGAUCCUGGACUUCCUGAGAGGCGGAGAUCUUUUCACUCGCCUAUCAAAGGAGGUAAUGUUUACAGAGGAGGAUGUGAAGUUUUACCUUGCAGAGUUGGCCCUGGCCCUGGACCAUCUACACAGUCUAGGGAUAAUCUACAGAGACCUUAAGCCUGAAAAUAUUCUCCUGGACGAGGAGGGACACAUAAAGAUCACAGACUUUGGACUGAGUAAGGAAGCCAUUGACCAUGAUAAAAGAGCAUACUCUUUCUGUGGGACCAUUGAGUACAUGGCUCCUGAGGUCGUAAACAGGAGAGGACACACACAAAGUGCAGACUGGUGGUCCUUUGGGGUCCUGAUGUUUGAAAUGUUGACUGGAUCUUUGCCAUUCCAAGGAAAAGAUCGGAAGGAAACAAUGGCGCUUAUUUUAAAGGCGAAGCUUGGAAUGCCACAGUUCCUCAGCCCUGAAGUCCAGAGUUUAUUGAGAGCACUCUUCAAGAGGAAUCCUGCCAAUCGUCUAGGAGCCGGACCAGACGGAGUGGAAGAAAUUAAAAGACAUCGCUUUUUUGCAUCAAUUGACUGGAAUAAGCUGUAUAGGAAAGAGAUGAGGCCUCCAUUCAAACCGACUGUUGGAAGACCUGAAGACACUUUCCAUUUUGAUCCUGAGUUCACCUCCAGAACACCAACAGAUUCUCCAGGGAUUCCUCCAAGUGCAAACACACAUCAGUUGUUUCGUGGUUUCAGCUUUGUGGCCACUAAUCAAACUCAAGAGGCUACUGUUGCUCCUGUCGUUCCUUCCCGGCAAGAAGUGAACAUUAACCCCAUAGCGCAACAUAUCCGCAGCAAUGUGGCUUUCAAAGAUACGUAUGAACUGAAGGAAGAAGUCGAACAGUCAGGACCCUUUGUCCGCAAAAGAUGUCUGCACAGAAUUACUGCUGUGGAGUAUUCAGUGAAGAUUAUUGACAGAGCCAAAAAAGAUCCAUCAGAGGAGAUUGAAAUCCUUUUACGAUAUGGACAGCAUCCAAAUAUAAUUACCUUGAGAGAUGUCUUUGACGAUGGCCAAUGUGUGUUCUUGGUUCUUGACGUAAUGCGAGGAAAUGAACUCCUGGACAAAGUUCUGAGGCUGCCAAAUUUCACAGAGAGGGAUGCGUCAGACAUUAUCUGUACACUGACCAAAACUGUAGAGUAUCUACACUCCCAGGGGGUUGUUCAUCGAGACCUGAAACCCAGCAACAUUCACUAUGCUGAUGAGGCUGGACUCCCAGAAUCCAUCAGGAUAUGCGACUUCGGUUUUGCCAAACAGCUCCGUGCUGAAAAUGGCUUAUUGAUGACUCCAUGUUACACAGCCACAUUCAUGGCUCCUGAGGUUUUAAGGAAACAGGGUUACGAUGCAGCCUGUGACAUCUGGAGCCUGGGGAUCCUCCUAUACACAAUGAUAGCUGGUUUCAGCCCAUUUGCCAGCAGCCCUAAUGACACCGCAGAGGAGAUUCUGGCUCAGAUUGGAAGUGGGAAAGUUGUCAUCACAGGAGGGAACUGGGACUUGGUGUCUGAAGCUGCCAAGGACGUUGUGAUAAAGAUGCUCCAUGUGGAUCCUCACCAGCGUCUUACUGCCCCACAGGUUCUUCGGCACCCGUGGAUUGUAGAGAAAGAGCAGCUUUCUGACAGACCUCUCACCAGGCAGGAUGCUCUCACUGUCAAGGGGGCGCUGUUUGCCACAUAUUCUGCUCUGAAGCGAUGCGCUCCUGCUCCAGUCCUGGAACCAGUGCAGUCCUCCAGUCUGGCUCAGCGAAGAGAGAUGAAGAAGCUGGGCAGUUCAAGUGUCACUUCGGAACCUAAAGAAAAGGAAUAACUUUAAUAUUGGAAACGAAAGGCGAAAGGGGAACUUAAGUCACAAUGAAGACCUGCAUCAUAGAGACUCAUGUUCUGGCAAGCACAAAAUUAUGCCUAAUUAACAAAGAGGGAUCAAGAUUGACUUGGUUUUCAGUGCAAUUUCCAAACUGUAUCAAAAUUAGCUAAUUUUACACUGUGACAUAACACUUAUUAUGCAUGUCUUCAUACAGAACUUUUCUCUAUGAUCACAAUAAAGUGGCUUUAGUGGAGACAAUUAAAUUUUAACAUGCAGAUGCCUUCAUAGAUCCUUUGGAUCUUUCUGACCUGUCUUGUAGCCAUUUCAUACUUAAUUCAAUAACAGCACUUUCAUGGAGUAAGCCCUCCAUUCAGCUACAAUAUACAUGUACUCAUUUUAAUCCAAGCAAACCUAAAGGAGAGGUUGACAGGGAGGGAAUACUUUUGUGCUAUAUACACUGUGCAAUACACCCAGCUUAACUGGAACUGCCUUGGGUUACACAUAACGUAACCCAAGGCACUUGGGUUACAAUGGACUCGGAAAUAAAAAUGAAAAUCACUUUUUGGUGCCACAAAAAACACAUAGUAGACAAUUCUUUCAAGAUUUUUUAGCUUAUAUUUUGACUCAAUGUGGCACUGAUUAUAGCAAUAUUUUUCUUCCAUUAUUUUGGGAGUUUUGCAUGAAAAUAUGUUAAAGAAAGACAUGUAAAUAUCCUUAGAUAAGUAGUUCUGAGAUAACCAUGGCUCGGACUUUUAUUUUCAUAAUGUAUGGCUUCAUAGUUGUGUUUGUGUAUACAUAUAUAUAUACAUAUCUAUAUAUAUAUAUAUAGAUGUCUCCAUAAUUUUGGCAUUUGACUCUUUAUGUAUCCCAGAUCUAUUUUACUGAGACAACAGAAAGUAGGUAUAAGACUGGGUGGGUUAAAGUAGCUGUGCCAUACUGUAAACCCAUUUCUGUCUGCAAACACUUCAGUUAAAAACAACGCAUUGUUAAAUUAACACUGAAUAUGAGAAUACAUUGUUCUAUUUGACCUCUGCCAAGGCUAGCAAUAGGCUUGUUUUUUCAUUACACUGUCAGAGCCACAAUAUUUGAGAACACUUGUACCAAAUGUUUGUUUAUUCUGUUUAUUGCUGCAGUCCUGGUUGCAUCUAUUAAGAUGAGGAGCAGAAUGCAUAAGUCAAGACCAUAAAGAGGCUUACAAAAUGCAGACGUCAGUGGCACUUUUUGCCAGCAAAAAUGGAAACUAUAAUUUUUCACAAACACUAUUGGAUGCUAAAACCAAGAAAAGCAAAUAUGGUAAAUAAAAGAACCUGUAGCACAUUGUGUACAUCCUACUGUAUGUUCUCAGAAGCAUAAACUGUUACUUUACAUGUCUGUAACAAAUUUAGGUGGGACCGAUGCAAUACUUUAGGUGUACAAUAGUUGCUUUAGAUUUUGUGCAAUAUGCCCCAUGUUGGAGGUGAAGCUGUAUAUAUUGUUUGCUAAUCAGAUUGUACAUACUGUCAUGCAAAUUCAAUAUUGAAGAGGUUAAAAUGGGUGUAUAUAUGCCAAGCUGUACUAUGACACGGACUGUAAAUUUUGUGCUUGCGUUUCUAAGGAAACUGUAAAUAUAAUGAGAUGUUGUUCAUCCAUUGCUUAUAGACUGCACAGACUGUCUACACCUGGUCAGGCAUUGAAAUGACUGGCUAAAAAGGCCAAAGUUUUUCCAAAUAAAGUAUAUGAAUAACAAUAUAAAUAGUUAAAUGAAAAGUCUGUUCGUUUACAUAGACAGUCCACUGUUUAAUUUCUUAAUGCCACACAGAAGAAAUAAGCUUUUUAUCUGAAGAUAAAAAGCUUAAAAGACGCAUUCAAGCCUGUUGCAGUGAAACUGAGAGAUCACUUAUAGCUCUGUUUUACAGGGUUAUAUCACCACUAAAAUGUGAAUAAAAAAAUCAUGUAAAUAAAGCACAAAGGGA